GAUAAGCUCUUUUCUCAAUGAAAUCUGGCCCUGAAUAUACAGUAACAGGAUCUACUUCGUGGUUUACAGUCUUGCUGAUUCUGGCUCAGAAAGAAACCAAACAUGGCUCAGGAGGAAUGCAAAAUGAUUAGUGACAAACUGUUGAAGUACAAAGGAACUGUCCUGACUCUGGAACCCAGCUACGACAUUACUCCAGAAUAUAUUGACAGUAUACAGGAUUUUGAAACAAGGGAUGACGAUGUAUUUGUUGUUACCUUCCCCAAAUCUGGUACAGUAUGGACCCAGCGGAUCAUAACUUUAAUUUAUGAGGAGGAUUUCCCGGAGAAAGCCAAACAAAUCACAUUCGAGCAAAUGCCCUGGAUUGAGUAUCGGGAAAAGGGGAAAGAUUACAGCACACGUCCAUCUCCAAGACUCUUCUGUUCGCAUCUACUGGAGCCGUUGAUGCCCAAAACUCUCAAAAGGAAAGGAAAAGUCAUCUACGUCAUGAGGAACCCCAAAGAUGUCAUGGUUUCAUAUUUUCAUUUUUCCCAAAAAAUGAAAGACCUGGAUUCUGCCAAGAGCUACGACGAGGUCUUAGAGAAUUUCUUAACAGGAUGCAUGGUUGGUGGCUCCUGGUUUGACCAUGUUAAAGGAUGGGUGACAAGUAAAGACAAAUACAACAUCCUGAUCCUGACUUAUGAAGAGAUGAUCAAGGACCUCAGAUCCGUCAUUGUGAAAAUCUGUAAGUUUGUUGGCAAGAAUCUGUCAGACGCAGCCAUCGAUAAAGUGGUGGAAAGAGCAACAUUCAAGCAAAUGAAAGUAGACCCUGUGGCCAACUAUGAGUCCCUUCCUGUGGAUAUCAUAGAUCAGCCGAAAGGAGCUUUUAUGCGCAAAGGAACAGUUGGAGACUGGAGGAACUCUUUAACCGUGGCUCAGAGUGAAUGUGUUGAUCGUGCCCUUGAAGAAAGAAUGAAAGACGUGCCUCUUAACCUGGUCUGGGACAUCACAGAACUGCGUGGCUGAAAACUUAAGUUGUGACUUUUAUUUUGAAACAAAUAAAGAUAUAAAACUAUCAUACUGAUAAAAGGAAUGCUUAUCAUGAAGAGAAAGUUGAUAACUUGCUCUAAAUUAAAUGUCUCCCAAUUUUAUGGUUUUUGUGUUUAUAACGAGAUAACCAAUAAUUUUUUGUAUGGAUUUUUUUUAUUGGUUGAAAUACUAGGUUCUGACUUCUCUGUAAUAUUUCCGACAUUCUUUGGGUUUUUCAGAAUAACCAGUAGAUGUAAGCAAACAAAUUCAAGUUCAGGUCACAAACACAAAUGUUAUGAUUUCAAACGUGAAU